CCAGCGGGCUGGUGACCUUGAACGUUGGCGGGAAAUGCUACAGCACGACUUUUGAGACCCUGACACGCUUCCCAGACUCCAUGCUGGCCGCCAUGUUCCGCGGCCCCCGCCCGGCCCUUACCGACAGCCGUGGGAACUACUUCAUAGACCGCGACGGCAAGGCCUUCCGCCACAUCCUCAACUUCCUUCGCUUUGGCCGGCUGGAUCUGCCAGAGGGGUAUGCGGAACUCUCCCUGCUGCGCAUGGAGGCGGAUUUCUACCAGAUCCGCCCGCUUCUGGAGGAACUGCGCCGUGUGGAAGCCGAACACCGCCGCCAGAGAGCCAAUGCAGUGCUUCAUGCCGAUGUGGACUUCCGUGACCGGUUGCUGCACUUCAACGUGCGCCGCGGACCACAGAACUAUGAACUCUGCACGUGCUCCCUUCAGAUCUUUACAGCCAACAUCUUCUGCACUGACCCGUAUUUCCUUGCCGUGUUACGCAGACGCUUGGGCCAAUGGGAUUGCAUCAAUGGAGAGCUCGAACAAGGGCAUUCUGGGAGGUGGGAUGACCAAACCACGCAGGAAACAGAAUCUCAGGGCUUCCUCAGCCGGUCAGGUGAUUCAGACGCUACAGUGAGAGGAUCUCGAAAUGGUUUGAGUUGGGAUGACGUCGUUGCCAACAGAGAAUCUGGAGGUUGGAAAAGAGAAGGGGAAGACUUCAGGACAAAUGGCAAAUGGAGAAUUUGCCUGUACAGUUCAGCUGAUGAAGAAGAGGAUAUGGCUGAGGAGGCCCUGGACUGUUCUUUGGGGCUGUCCCCCACGGGGACCAAAGCACACCAUCACCUCUGCCUGGAGUGGGCCCCCCGCCCGCCAGAGCUUCCAGCUGCAGAGUAUGUGAAGCAGAAGUUGUGUCCGCUGCAGGUGGGUGGGAGGGAGAUCCGAACUGCCAACGAAUUCCUGGAAGAGGUGCUGAAGGCGGCUCUGGCGCAAGGCUUCCGUGUGGAUUCGGUCUUUCCUGACCCAGCAGAUAUCCUCCAUGCCCAUUCCUUGCGAUUCGUGCGGCACUGAAUGUUU